AUGGCCGACGACCGGUACCGCCAGGACCGUCCUCAACACAUUCGCCCUGAGGAUCAGGCAUCUCAGCUGUCUCGCCACCAUCCUUCCUCAGCAGACGAGCCUCGCGCAUCGUCAGACUCGUCUCGGGCCACCAUGGCUGCAUCUGUUACUCUUCCUUCGAUUCACGACCCCCGUUCUAGCGGCUACGGUGCACCUCCCCCUUCUGGCGGUCGAGGCUACUCGCAUGAUCCUCGCUACGCUUCACCAAACGCAGUAAACGGCUAUCCACCUCCACCAGGCGGUCAGCAACCGCCGGCUUCUUACUUACCCCCAAUGCAGUCGCAGGAUCCGAGAGGCGCCCCCUACCCCCCUCCGGAUCACAGGGGCUCUUACUAUGAUGAUCGCAGAGGACCGCCUCAUCCCGAUGCCGCCUAUGCUCAAGAUGCCUAUUUCUAUCGAGGACCCCCCGGUGCUCCUCCAAAUGGAUAUCCCCGGCCUCAUCCUGGAGCAUACGGCCCAGAGUACGCCCAAGCCGGCAACGCGCCUCCCGCAAUGGCCCAAGCUGCUCCUCGACAGCGAACUUCCAUUGCCUGCAGGUAUUGCCGAAAACGAAAGAUUCGAUGUAGCGGGUAUCAGAGUGCUCCCGGUGGAAAAUGUCAAAAUUGCGCUCGAAUGAACCAGGAAUGCAUCUUCCAGCCUGUUUCUUCCUCAAGCUCAACAGCAUUUAUUCCGGUUUCCGCAGUGCCUGGCGGAGUUCCCCCUGGCACCCAGCUUUUUGGAGCAUAUGGCCAACCUUUGGCUCCCAACUCCGUACCGCCUUCUCAUCAUUAUGCGGCUGCUGGCGGCCCGCCUCCAGGCGCCGCCACCGCCGGCAACUACUACCAGCCAAUGCAGUCGCCAACUGAUUCUUACUCGUCAUACGGAGGAGACCCGAGAGGGGACGAUCAAAUAGCUGGCCGACGACGCCGUCGCACGCCCGAGGAGCAGGAAGAAGGAUAUCGCCUUCCUCCACCACGAAACACUUUGCCCGACGAGGACCUUCGUAGAAGGUCACCUGCCGAGGCAUCAAGCAACGGCAGUCCCGGCGGGCUUGGGCACCUCCCAUAUCAGAGCGCGGGUGCAAGACAGAGUCCUCGAAAUCCCUCUUUGCCACACGCACCUACCAGCGCGAGCCACGGACCUGGUGCAACUGGCGGCCGCUCGCCCGGAGGACAAAACGGCUCAAGCGGAGCCUCAACGCCAUCGCAGGCUCAGCGCCAGCCUCAGCAGGCGUCUUCCUCGGUGAUGAGCCUGAGCAAUCUUGUUGACAAGACCGACAUUGACAAAGGAAUGAUUGACCGGCUAAACAGGCCUCGGGAUAUCAAGGGCUCGCCACCCACAGGACCGCGACCAGACACGACCCGUUGA